AUAUCACCUCCUUUGUUCUGUAACAGAAUACAAAGAUUGUCUAGCACUGCCUCUGUGCUCCAAGGUUACCUACUACUGGUGAAGGGACUGUGCCAGCAAUAAAAGUGAAGUUAACUAACAAUACAAGAUGAUGCGAGAGAGCCCUAGGUCAUGGUGAGUGACCGCUGGGUGAAUGGAGUAGGCCGUGAGGCCUUGGGAAGGAGAGAGAAGGGCUGAGUUUGACUGACUAUAGACUUAGAAAAGAUUAUUUGGAGAUUUGUUUAGAGUUUACCUUUUUGUCGUAGGCUACUGAAAUCUAGAUACCAUCAUGUUUAUAGGUUGUGGUGAGGUGGAAGUGAAAGGUGGGAAACUUAAGGUAAAAGAAUGUACUGUUCCUUUCUUCGCCUGGUCUUACCGUUACCCCUGGCAACAGCUGACUGUUCUGGGAAGGAAUGUGUCUUUCCUUCCAUAGGCUUCAGUCAAGAACUCUGACAUCUUGAUACUACCAGAUUGGAUGCUGAAACAGCAAGAAGACAACCGGAAUUUUGAGGAAAAAAACUUACUGUAUCCAAUAGUUCGUACAUGGCAGAAGUAAAGUCAGUGUUCCAGGAAGUUCUUCCAAACCAAGGGCAGCUGUUUGUGGAAGGUAUAAGCACAAUGGUGCUCUGUAAACCCAAACUUUUACCCUUACAGUCUUUGACUCUGGAAAAACUGGAGAAAAUGCAGCAAGCAGCACAGUUCACUAACAAGAAAUGUCAGAAAAAGAACACAACAGCAAAUAACCCAUUGAUGAGACUUACCAUAGGGAACACCCUUCCUUACCUACCUACCACUUAGUAAUUAGAAAGUGUUCUGCAGCUAUAUGCUGAAAGUAGGAUUUAAUAAAACUGGUAACAGUCAUACUCACGUAAAUGAAAAUAAAAUUCCCAAGAUUGGUAAAACUUGUGAAUUUAAACCGUGGUUUGUGUUGACCGCAAGCAGUUGAAACUCUGAAUUGAAUCUCACAGAAUUUUCUUUGACUCAUGUUUUUAGAAUUUCAAAUUGUUCUUCAUUCCUAUUGUUAUCAGUUUUAAAUUUACAGGCACAAAUGACUAAUUGUAACUUUUAUAUACAGAGGAUCUUUGCAUGUUUAUUAAAUACCUGAAUUUGAAGAUUAAAAAAAAAAUAUGCUGUUCCUCUGUCAAGUGCUAGAGGUAUUGACCUCCUUGUGUGAAGGAACCUAAGAACUGGUCCCAUGAGCACCUUGUCAUUGGCUCAUCUGCAGGAUGGUCUGUGUUCCAGUGUAGUCUGGAACUGGUUUACCAUCAAGAGCCUCAGACAUUGAGGAGGCUCAAUGUCUUUGUUUCUAGUUUUCCUUUAGUUGUCUUCACAAUGGUUUAUUUUUAGACAUCUGACUCAAAUGACCACCUCGUGCCACCUUGCACAAAAUAUCUAGUGCUUACCCUUUGUUUCCUUCCACUUGGGAAAGUUUAUAGAUGGAAUGAAGGCAAGGUAGUUAGAUCCCAACUUUUGUCCAUGCAGUCUCGUCUAUCACCUAUUUCUAGGAGGCAUUUCAAAGGCCAUGUGGCUUUUUGUGAAGUUAAUAUAACACAGAUCUGAACUAUACAUCAACCAUUGUUGCACCAACCAUUAAGAUUAAUUUCUUUAUGGGGUAAAAAGUGAGCAAGAUUAGAAUUUGAAAUAGAGUGAGGGUCUAAAGCCCAAUACAAAUUUAAAGUAUGACUUAUGAUAUAGUCUUUGUUUCUUUAGCUUCUGUUAUCAAAAUUAGUAUCAUUGUCAAUUGAGAUAACCAACCAUAUUGAGGAAAUUUCAGCGACUUUGUAAUCCAUUCUGAGCAGUCAAACAGAUUGAGCUUAGAAAGGAACUACUGUUUGUACUGAGGUAUUUAUUUGAGCAAGUGUAUAGUGUUGUAAAGAAUCCUGAGAACCCUUAUAAUUUUAUAUUUUACUUCCUGUCUUAUCUAGGCAAGUAUCAACCAUACACUCUACUGUUCACCCCCGCCCCUAGCCUUUCUUGUAAUCCAGACUACAGAAACAUAGAUACAAGGUACAAUCAAUCUGGGAAUAAAAAAGAAUUUUCCCCAUGGGAAAUGAUGAUCCCCUAUGGACCCAAGGGAAGACAAACAUAUAUGCUUAUUUUUUACCCCUAAGGAGAAUUUAGCAAGUGACUCCUUCUCCCAGUGGAUACCUCCCUAUUUCUGAGCAGUGGCCCUUAAAUACUACCCUGACUGUGUGGGGAAAGGUGGACACCUGUGUUGUCUCAGUCACCAUCAUCAUUUACAAUAUUGCUUUUUGAAUAUACCUGUUCCUAGUUUUACUCCCCCUCUAACUUCUGCUGGUAGUUCAUGGUGAACAGUGAGGGACAUAGUCAUAAAUCU